CUAAUGUUUUCAUAUGUGUCCAUGUACACAUCGUUGUUUACAGUUGUUUACAGGCAGUUGAGUUUACAGUUGUUUUUUGUAACGCACCAAACUUGCAUUCAGGAGUACAUUUUUUCAGCGUUUCAAACACCAAACGCUUGUAAAUGCGUCUAACUGCAUUUAGAAGCGUUUGCAUUUGAAAUUUUUUUUAACUCUUCCAUUUCCAGAUGCUGUCCAGAGCCUUUUUUCAUCAUGAAAAAUGCAUGCAAAGCCUUUUCCCGGUACUCAAAUGGACCCGGUACACCAUACUUUGAGGUUGCACAUGAAAGAAAAUAUGUUAGACA